ACCUGUGGAAUUGCAAUGAAAAUAUGUAUUGGUUGUAUUUGUUUAUCGAAGAGAACAAGGAAAAAUUUGAAAGCUUAAGUUCGGUAAUGUGCCAGGAAUCAAAGUAUGGUUUAAAUGAAACAAUUAUGAAUAUUUUGGAAGUAGUUCAUCUUGAAAAGCAAAUUAACAAUACCGAAUUGUGUAAUUUUUGUAAUUGCUCAUUAAACCAGGAUAGAAGAUUUGUAGCGGUUGACUGUAGCAACAGGAACCUGACUGCCUUACCUGAAUUGCUUCCGGUAAAAACUCGGCAAGUGUCUCUCAAUAAUAAUCAAAUUACGUCACUAACAAUAAAAGAGUCUGCUUCCCACUGGGAAUACGUAAGAUUUUUAUAUUUAAGUAAUAACCGCAUUUCAUCAUUGCUUUCUUUACAAGAUUUUAAAUUUCACAAGAAUCUUAUUGAACUCAAUCUUAGUAAUAAUAAAUUAAAAGAAGUUCCCAUCUAUCUACUCGAUAAGCUUACUAAAUUGGAAAUCUCCUUGGGAGGAAAUCCAUGGAAGUGUGACUGCAACACGGUCAGGUUUAAAACUUGGUUGCAGGAUAAUUAUCAGAUGGUGGUAGAUAUUGGAGACAUACGUUGUGCACCUGGAGACUUAUCUCAUUCAAAUUCCAUAAUCUACUAUUUGCAGAAGUCGGAUCUGUGCCCGCAGGAACGAGUUAUAGAUUAUUUGGAUAUUCUAAAUGUCGUUAUGGGCAUUCUUAUUGUCGUAAUUAUAUCAAAAGUUACUUACGAUUAUUGGCGACAGAAACGAACGGGUAAACUUCCAAGGUUUUUCAGUUUAAAUUGAUUAGAACUUUGUUAAUAUUUUUGUUUUUGACUUAAAAAUGCUACUGUGCAUUUAAAAUAUAAUUUUGUACAGCAUCCAUUUAAGUUUUGUUGUUAAAAAUUAUGACAAAACAUUGCUGUAAAGAAUAUUGUAGCAAAUUUUUUGAUUGCUACUGAAUUUUAUUAUUGUUUUUUUAAUUUUUAUGUACAAAUUGUUGUUAAGGAAAGUAAUUUGUGCCAUUUUUAUUCAUUUCAAAUCUAUAAUACAAAUUGAAAUGAAAGUUAUUUAACUUGUUAAGUCACUAAAAAAAAAUCAAUAUUUUAAUUGGUACAUCCCAAAAAACAUCAUGAAAAAAUGUCAUUAAAAAUUUUUCUAAUCAUCUUAUAUUAUACUCUGAAUGGACAUUAUAUUUUUGUUUAAUUCAUACUUUAUGAGAAUGGAAAUGAGAAGAGAAGCAAGUAUCUUAUCUGUUUCUAUUGUUCACUUCUCAAGAAUGUUCAUACUUUGAAACAAUGAAAUAAAAUGUGCAAGUGCUUCCAAUGCUCAUCAUUGUGCUACUUUAAAGCACUUGUCAGAGUCAUAAAAGCAUUUACUAUAUUUUAUGGCAUAUAAGAUGCAAUCUUUGACCAAAAAAGCAAAAGAUUCCCUGUCUCUUAUGUGAAAUUGUGAUCUCUGAUAAGCUAAUGAAUUAUCCUGUAUAUAGGAAGAGAGUGUCUCUAGUAGGUUAUAGGUAACUUCUACCUAGCCCAAUUCCUGGAUAAAAAUAUUACUGUUUAAUUAAACUUAUUACACUGAAUAAUUUUUCCUAAAUACUCUGUGCUAAAUGGGGAUGCAUCUUAUAUGCCAUAAUGUACAGUACCUAUUUUCUUAAGCAAUUGUAAAAUGUUUUAUUAGAAACGCACAUUUUUCAAAAACAAAAUGAAGAAUUUUACAAACAAAAGGAAACUAGGGAAGAUAGUCUGAAGUACAUUUUUUAUAUAUAAAUUUUAAAUUAAUACAGGCCCAUGAGAAAAUGGAUGGUUACAAAUAGACAUUAUUAACUUUAGAAUAUUUAUUAACACGUUUUCACAUACAAAAUUUCAAACAACAUAGUCUGCCAUUUAUGUUUUGAAGAUGAUAUCACUCCAGUAAUUGAUUCACUCUCACACAAUUCAUUUUUGAAGUAUAAUUUCAAUGUUUUAAUAAAAGAAAUAAUUUCAAUAUUUUGUGAACAAAGCAUAUGGUAUGUGAAGAUUGUCUACAAAAUACUGAAACUUUAAAGGUAAUUUGUCACGUAGUUAACAACAUACCAAGAAUAUAUUGCACUACUUUAGGCACAACAUACUUUGAAAAUGAAGUGUGUAUCAAUGGAACUCACUGGAGUGAUGUUGACUUCAAAACACAAAUGGCAAACUAUGUUGUUUGAAAUCUUGUAUACAAAAACUUAGUUAUUAAAUUUUUAAUACUUAUAAAGGUCUGUUUAUAAUCACCUGUUUUACUGCCAGACCUUGUAUUCCAAUUUUGAAGCUUAAUAAGUCACUCAAAAUAUAUAAAUAGUGUAUAAAAGUAUCAAUUAACAUUUCUUGGUUACUUUGAUUAAAAACACAAAGAAUUGUUGGAAUAUUUUACUAUUUAGUAUGUUAAGAGAAAUGCAUGGAGUAUAGCAAAAUAAACUGACUUAGUGUCUCUCGCUCUCAUAUCUUUGUGGUUGUACUUAAUACGAAUCAAACUUGAGGAUUUUUCAGACCUACAUUCUACAUGAUAUUAACUGAAAGAAAUGAGAUUUUAUAUUUAAAAUUAAACUGAAUAACCAACUUCCUCACAAGGUUGUAAAACUUCAAUUUAAUUCCAAAUUGGUCUCAAUGUCAAAAUCAUUUUAAAUACAUAAUUACUUAUGUAAACUCAUUAUAUAUAGAAAAUAUAUUCUAUAAUGUUGAUUCUAUAUUCUUCAAAUUGUGUUGUGAAAUGAUGUUAUAGUUGUUCAAAUGAUUAUGUACAGUACAUGUAUAAAGUGGUAAUUUUUACAUCAUGUUUUAAUAUAAAGAUUUCAGAUCCCUUAAUCCACAGUUUAAUUAAAUCAAGAAAUGUCGGUACUUAAUGUUUAAUAAUCUUAA